UCCGUUCUCUUCUUGUCCCGACUUAAACAAUUGCAAGAUAGAAAAAAAAAACAUGGUCAAUCCCUCUGGUUUUCUCCUGGCCGUUUCCCUAGACCUUGCUACUCUGAUCAUUGCCUUGUCGACCGUCGACGCAAGUGGUGAGCACAACUUGAGCUUGGUGCCGACCAAGUCUGGCUGCCAGGGCUCGAUGGAUGAGUGCAUGGCUAACCAUGAGUUUAACAUGGAUUCCGACAUUAGCAGCCGGCGCAUGUUGCAAACCACCCCGUACAUAAGCUAUGGCGCUCUUCAGAAGAACGCCGUGCCAUGCUCUCGAAGGGGUGCAUCCAACGAUAACUGUCAGCCAAGAUCAGAAGCUAACCCUAACGACCGAGGCUGA